UCUAUUUCCAGAACUUUCUUAUCACCCGAAAAGGAGACCGUACACCCACCCUCAGAGGGAGCCCUUUUGGGAUUGAAAAUGCAAGAUAUAAAGAAGUGGAAUGAUUGUGUAUAAUGUUAAAUUUGCAUGUGACAAGUAUCCAAAUCCCACUGACUUGCAGGCGCAGAGGAAGAGACACCGCUGAGGACUCGGCCAUGUCCCAAGGGGACGGAAGCGCUCCGGUACCCGAAGAGGACAGGCCCAAUGAGGGAACUCUGCAGGUGCUGCGCGACAUAGCCAGCCGCCUGCGCAUCCACUCCAUCAGGACCUCAUGCAUCGCAAGCUCCACCCACCACCCCACAUCAUGCAGCAGCUCUGCCGAGAUCAUGUCUGUGCUGUUCUUUUACACCAUGAGAUACAAACAGUGGGACCUAGAGAAUCCAAACAAUGACCGCUUCAUCCUCUCCAAGAGACUGUCGUUUGUUGAUGUGGCCACCGGAUGGCUGGGGCAAGGCCUGGGGGUCUGUUGUGGAAUGGCAUACACUGGCAAGUACUUCGACCGGGCCAGCUACCGGGUGUUCUGCCUCUUGGGAGAAGGUGAGGCCUCAGAAGGCUCCGUGUGGGAGGCACUGGCCUUUGCAUCCUACUACAGUCUGGAUAACCUCGUGGCCAUCUUUGAUGUGAACCGCCUGGGGCACGGUAGCAGCUUCCCCCUGGAGCACUAUAUCGAGAUCUAUCAGAAGCGCUGCAAAGCCUUCGGGUGGAACACUUAUGUGGUGGACGGUCGUGACGUGGAGGCACUGUGCCAUGUGUUCUGGCAGGCAGCUCAUGUAAAGGGCAAGCCCACUGCUGUGGUGGCCAAGACCUUCAAAGGCCGGGGCAUGCCGAAUAGCGCUGAGGAUGCAGAAAGUUGGCAUGGAAAGCCAAUGCCACAAGGGCAAGCAGAUGCAAUUAUCACAUUAAUUGGGAGCCAGAUACAGACUAACAGAAGUCUUACACCAAAACACCCCAUUGAGGACUCGCCUCAAGUCAACAUCGAGAAUAUAAAAAUGACCACUCUUCCUGCUUACGAAGUUGGUGACAUGAUGGCUACUCGCAAAGCAUGCGGCAUGGCUCUGGCUAAGCUGGGCUACGCGAAUGAUAGAGUUGUCGUGCUGGAUAGUGACACCAAGAGCUUCACCUUCUCCAAUAUAUUUAAGAAGGAACAUCCUGAGCGAUUCAUUGAGUGCUUCGUUGCUGAACAAAACAUGGUGAGCGUGGCACUGGGCUGCGCCAUGCGUGGCCGAACCGUUGCUUUUGCCAGCACCUUUGCCGCCUAUUUGAGCCGGGCGUAUGACCAGAUCCGUGUAGGUGCCAUCUGUGGGAUCAACAUCUGCCUCAUUGGCUCCCACUGUGGAGUAUCCGUGGGUGAAGACGGCCCCACCCAGAUGGCCCUGGAGGACCUGGCCAUGUUCCGUGCGCUCCCCAACUGCACCAUUUUCUACCCCAGUGAUGCCGUGUCCACAGAGUAUGCUGUUUUUCUGGCCGCCAAUGCCAAGGGAUUAUGCUACAUUCGGACCAGCCAACAGGAAACUGAAGUUCUUUACGGCCCACAAGAAAUCUUUAAGAUCGGACAGGCCAAGUGCACUCGUGAAGGAUCCGCAGGUAACGUCCACCUUGCUCCUGAAGGGCCGGGCUGCUGCAGAGUCAAAGCUCUGUAUUCAGGACAGCUGUGCCUGGGCUGCGAGUGGCUGCUGAUGGCAACAUUGCUGAAGGGAGUGGUGGAGUGCUCCCCUCCGUGUGAAGUCCAGGUUCUGUGUGCUCUGUGCCCCUGCCUAAACCCAAAGCUGCACCUCGGAGGGGACCAUCUGUCUCACAGUUGCAUGGUCAUCCGCUACAGUGACAAGGACAAAGUCACCGUGAUUGGAGCUGGGGUGACUGUGCAUGAAGCCUUAAUGGCCGCCGACGAGCUCUGCCGACAAGACAUCUCCAUCCGCAUCAUCGACCUGUUCACCAUCAAGCCCCUGGAUGCUGCCACCAUCAUCUGCAACGCGAAGGCCACUGGUGGCCGGAUCAUCACCGUGGAGGAUCACUACAUGGAAGGUGGCCUGGGGGAAGCUGUGUGCGCAGCUGUCUCCUCUGAGCCCGACAUCGUGGUGCACCAGCUGGCGGCGCCUGUCAUGGUCGCCCCUCGCUGCGGGCAUCCCAGUGAGAUGCUCAGCAUGUUUGGCAUCAGCUCCAGACAAAUCUCGGAGGCUGUGAAGCACAUGCUGGCCCAGUAACAUGCCUGUGUGGCGGCCAACCUCAGUUCUACUAUUCUCAGACACCCCAGUUAGCACCUCCCCUUUAGUCACAACUGUUAGGCUCCAAGUUCUCAAUGACAAAUAAACUUCAUGCAGCAACA